AUGGACGAUAACACUUUAGUUACGGACAAUAGUAUGCAAGCAAAUGUAAAACUAGAAAACGAAGAAUUAGGACCAGAUAUUCCUUUUCCGCCUGGAAGAGAACAAAAAAGAGUGGAAAUAAUUAAUAAAAUUUCAGGAUUUGAAUUUAACAUUAACCAUAUAAUUGGAGCGGGUAUUUGUUCAAGUUUAUUAAUAUUAAUUUUAAACGAUGAAGCUCAUUAUUUUUUACAAUUUUUAAGGAAUUUUUAUAUCCCCCAGCAGCGUAUGGAGGCUAACACUAUCACCUGGACUUGCUUUAAUGUUUUGGAUUGCUGGAGCAAUAAUAAGUUUACUUGGUAG